AUGGAAGAAGAUCUGACACGCGAUGAUAUUUUGGAGCUGCUCAAAAAAAGGGAGGUCUAUAUACCCAACGAGAAGAAUGUAACUCUGGAAGAGCUGGAGGAGAUCUACUGGCGAUUUGCGGUGCCCCAACCGCAAAGGGAUCCCCGCGAUCGCCGUCGACUCAGGGGAAAAGUCAGAAUCAGAAAUGUUAAUCGAAAUGAAUUUCCCGGUCUCGGUCAAAUGGAGCAACUGACGCAGCGCAUUCAAUCGGUGGCUAUGCUGGGGCAUAAACGAUCGCUGGCGGAAAACACGAACGAUAAUGAUAACCAGGCCAAGCAAAUCAAGAUCGACUUACCAGUGACCCCACCAGAAUCAAGCUGA